GAGCAGUGUUCGCGGCCGACGCCGUAGAGCCGUCAUGUGGCUGCCGACGUCCUACCGAGAUGAUCCUCCUCAUACUACUCACAUGCGUUACAACAAAUAUCGCUAUACCGCUCGCGGAAAACAAAAAUGACACUAAGAUCGAACCACCGUCGAACUCAACGACAGAAAUUCUCAAGGCCAGCGAAACUGGUGAUCCAUCUAAAGUGGAAAUUGUGAAGCAGAUUCGACGGCUGAAUGAAGAUGGAUCUUACACUAUUGGUUACGAAGCGAAUGAUGGAACGUUUAAGAUCGAAAGUAGGGAUGUGCUGGGGAAUGUUAAAGGCACGUUUGGGUAUAUCGCUGAGGAUGGUGAAAUCAAACGUGUGACAUAUACAUCUAAUGGUGAGAGUACGCCUAUUCCUGUGACAACAACUCCAACUACGCCAGCGAUGGUGGUGCGAAUGAAUAAAACCGUCUCGUCUACAACCAGGAGGCCGCUUGCAACUGUUGUGUAUCCAACACGGAGUAGUGCUACAACGAGAGGGACUGUAAUUCAACCGAUACCAAGAAGAAGACCCGUCUCUUCCACAAGGCCAGCGACUGUUGAAACGACCACUGAAAAGAUAAAACCACAAGAGACUACAGCAAAUGUACACGCGUACAGAAAAGAAGAUGUGAAACCUGUGACACAGAUAUCAAAUCCGAUUUCGGCUUCAGUGGCAGAUGACCAAAUAUCUAAAUCGACAUCAAAACCACCUGUAACUUUAAAACCGGUAUAUGAAGAAGUGACAGAAAAGGAACCUGAAGUUAAAUCUAAUGGAAUACGUCGCCAGCUAUCGAGCACCAGUCAUAAUCAUCAUAUGGUGAGUCUGCAGCAAUCCAUGGGUGAUGACUCCACCGAUGUAUAUGGCGGGCAUUUAUCACACGGAACUAUAAGGCCGUUAUUCACAACAACCACCGCCCGUCCGAGGUUGAUACAAAUAAACCCCGUGCUACAUGCAAGGCAGAAAAUACAACAAGAAUAUCAAGAGGUGCCAUUACAGCACCAAGAAACCAACAUAGAAGCAAACACAGGCAGGAUAUCGUACGAUCAUCACAACGUAGUAACGUCGAAUCCAGUACCAGUGAUUCAUAUUAACCCUAGAGACCACCCUGAAAGGUACUAUAACCAGCCUGUGUACCGCAGACCGGCGACUGUUCACUUUCGUACUGAUCAGUACUUACGCGACAACCCAGGAGCUCCAAUACCCAUCGGCAACACGCGGCCCUUUCUCCAAUAUGAAUACGAGGAUAAAGUACUUGAGCCGCGCAUAAAGGACAAUACCCAGAAAGCAACCGUUCACGAUCCAGCGACGGUGCCAUACGAGGUGAGACCAGUACGUCUGAUCCCCAUUCCAGUAGAUGAAAGGGGAGUGCCUAUACCCGGGUACCAAGCGCGCUUCGUGAACCCAUAUCGCCAGCCCGUCCAGCGGUACGAUCCAUACGAAGAGAUGCAUGCCAUCACGGCUCCAGUGAGCACGCGGGAUUUCCGACGCUUGUUACAUAUUCUGAUGCUACGACAGAAUCGGCUGCAAGCGCUGAUGGAUCAGCUGAUGCCGAAUCCGUACACGCAGUACAGACAAGAUGACUACCAACGGCGAUACGAUGACGACAGAUACGACUAUGAAUACAGACAAGAAUACUCUAACCAGAAUUACGAGAACCAGUACGAGAGUCAACGCUACGUGCCCCGGCGGAGAUAUCGGCCUUACGAUACAGUUGCCUCAGCGUCGAAUAAUAUAGAAGAGCCUGAAUACCUGCCGGUGGAAGUGAGGGAAGCCUUGCUGUUGAAAAUGCUGAUAUUAGCGAUAAACCCUGACUAUAUUCCGACACCGGCGCCCGCCACUGAACUAACCACAGCCGCGCCAAGGAAGCAGGUGAGAAAUAUUCAAAUACUCGGUGAAGAAGGGUCCACAGAUAACAAAUCGACGUAAAAACUAUUUAAUACUCAACAUAUAUAAAUGCUAUUUGUAAAUAGGUUAGUAUAGGAUUUUUAUUACACUUUUUUAGUAACGAA